AUUUGCCAUUGUUUCUUCUCCAUUUCGACAUCUGUUUGUAGAUUUGGUUAAUCAAUAACCAUCCACUAAAAGAGACAUUUGAAUAUCUUAGGCAGUGAAUGGUGACAAGGUUUUUCAAAAGCUUUUGAAAGGAAUGGGUGACAUGGACGAUUUCACGGAUUUGAUUAGGAUAAAGAUUAAGAUAUUGCAUUCUACAACACAAAACUUAAGUAACAAUGAUGAUAACAACUGGCAAGCUCCUAGCCGUUCUAGGGAAGAUCUGAUCGCAAGAGAAUCUCAUUGGGCGGAGUUGGUAUAUACGACAAGGCGAUUGUUGAUUGGUGAAGUUGCUGAAUGUUUAUCAAAUAUAUCAAUGCUGCUUGUGGAUCAAGUAAAUGUUACGGGUCCAUCAGCCCGGAGAUUGCGGCAAGAAAGAGUGGUUGAAUCAGGAAGCCUAUUGUGUAAUUUAGGAAGUUCAAUUCUUGCGCUAGGCCAUGCCACCUCAAGAAUUAGUAUGGGAGAAACACAAUUAUCUCACGAUGAUGUUGGUCGUGCAGUGUUCAUAUCCCCAACAGGGCAAAAUCAGUUACAGGAAGAGCUUUCAGAUUCAGAUUCAGAACAUGAGAUGGUAAACUCAGUUACUACAUUAAACCUAUACUAUAGCAAAGCCAAGAAAGAGAUGGUUGGAGUUUUUGCCUCUGAGACAUUGUUUUUGGAUGUGGACGACGCAGAGCGAGUGAAAUUUGGUGGAGGCAAAAGGAAGCAAUUAGAGAUGCAGAAAAGAGAAGCUUUUAUAUUUUCAUUUGAAACACUAUACUGAGCCAACGCGGUGGUUGAGCCUGAAGCCAUGAUGAUCGGAGAACAAAGAACUCCGAGAUCUCCUUACGAAUGGCUCAAAUCCACGGCGCAAGAACUCGAGUUAAGAGAUCGGUGCCGGCGCGUGAAGUCACGUAUCAAGGUUACGUGUCGUAACAACAAUUGUGCUUAUAAUUGUGUUCAUCAUCAUCAGAGACAUCAGAGCCAUCAGAGUUAUCCUGGAGAUUUCAGUUACGAUCCGUUGAGUUACGCGCUCAAUUUCGAGGAUAAUGUCAGAGCUGAUGAAGAUGGUUCUUUUCCGAAUUUCACGGCGAGGUUGCCUCAGUCGCCGGUGACGAAGACGAGAUCAGCGACUGUUGAUUUGAUCUCGUUUUGACGGUUAAUUAAUUAAUAAAUUCUUU